AUGACGAGAAACGUCUUGAUCGCCGUGCUGCGCAACGACCUGCGGCUGCACGACCAUCCCAUCUUUCACUAUUGCGCGGAGCCCACACCCUCUGGCGCCAAGUUCAAGCAGCCCGUCACCCAUGUCCUUCCCGUCUACGUAUGGGAUCAGAGGCAGGUCGAGGUGGGUGGCUUCCCCGGCAUUCAGAAGGCAGACAAGCAAGGCGGCGGCCUCGGUCAGCAGCAGUACGCCAAGACUCGCGAGCUCGGCCUCUGGCGGUGCGGCGUGCACCGGGUAAAGUUCGUAAACAACUCCGUGUUUGACCUGCGAGACAGGCUGCGCAAGAAGGGCUGCGAUCUGGCCAUGUACGCCGGAACGCCUGAAGCCAUCGUGCCUGGCCUGAUCAGGGCCAUCCGGAACACGGGCGACACCGUCGAGGCCGUUUGGAUGGGCAAGGAGGUCAACACCGAAGAGGUCAAUGUUGAGAAGCGGCUCCAGCGGAUCCUCGACGACCUGCAAUGUCCGCUGCAGCUGCGCGAGGGCAAGUCCCUCGUCCACCCGGACGACCUCGGUUUCCCCAUCCAGGAUCUGCCCGAUGUCUUCACCCACUUCAAGAAGCAGGUCGAGGGUCCCGACAUGUUCCGGCCUCCAUUGCCGGCUCCAGCAAAGCUCAAGCCGUUUGCCAAGCUGGAUGCACUCCCGGAGGGUCCUGGCGUGUACGCGCUGUCGGCAGAAAAGCAAGAGGCUUGGGACAAGAAGGACAAUGUCGAGAAGGCACUCUUGAAGCCAUUGCUUGACGAGCCGACCCUUGGGCACGAGCUCCUUCGCAAGGAGGGCGAGGACGGUCCGACCGCCUUCCCAUGGACCGGCGGCGAGACGCAAGCGCUCGAGAGACUCGAGCAUUACUUCAGCGGCGGAAAGCAGGCCCCCGCCGCUUCCUACAAGGAGACGAGGAACGGCAUGCUGGGCGUCGACUACUCGACCAAGUUCGCCGCCUCUCUGGCACACGGCCUGCUCUCGCCUCGGCUGAUUGCCCAGAAGGCCGUUGAUCUCGACGAGGCCAACGGCGCAGGGCCCAAGGCGGGUGGCUACUGGAUCAACUUUGAGCUGCUGUGGCGCGACUAUUUCUACUUUGUCGGUGCCAAGUUCGGCUCGCACCUCUUCACCCUCGGCGGUAUCGAGGAGGUCAUCAGUCCGAAGGCGGCCGACAGCAAGGCCUACGAGUGGAAGAAGACGUCGGACCUGUCGAACGCCAAGGAUCCUUUCGUGCGGUGGGCAAAGGCCAAGACCGGCGUUCCCCUGAUCGACGCAAACCAAAAGGAGCUUGUUCAGACCGGCUUCAUGUCGAACCGCGGUCGGCAGAACGUCGCAUCUUUCCUCACCAAGGACCUCGGCUACAACUGGCUCUACGGCGCAGAGCUCUUCGAGAGCUAUCUUGUUGACUACGACCCCAACUCGAACUGGGGCAAUUGGCAGUAUGUUGCCGGCGUCGGCAACGACCCGAGGUCGUCGCGCCAAUUCAACCCCAUCAAGCAGGGCAAGGACUAUGAUUCUGACGGAGAGUAUGUCAAGGCCUGGCUUCCCCAGCUACACGCGGUCCCAAGCUCGCACGCUCACCAUCCUUGGACGCUGAGCGGCAACCAAAGUGUCGACCUCGGAGACUAUCCAAGCAGGCCGAUCAUUGAACAGUCCAUGUGGCGGAAGCACUACCAUGGGCACAAUGGAGGUGGUGGUGGAGGCGGUGGAGGCUAUCGACGAGGCGGAGGAGGCGGAGGAGGCGGAGGAGGCGGCUACCGAGGCAGCAGUGGCCGUGGAGGCGGAGGCGGAGGCGGAGGCGGCCGUGGUCGCGGCCGCGCUAGUCGCGGUGUCAGCGCCAAUGGCGGACCCCCUCGCAAUUGA